AUGCCUGGAAUACUGCCCAUGAAAGUGAUCAAGGUGGGAUCAAACUCACAGAGUCGAAUCGCACAGGCCUGUGAUCGCUGUCGCAGCAAGAAGAUUCGCUGUGACGGGAUCCGGCCAUGUUGUUCCCAAUGCGCAAAUGUCGGCUUCGAAUGCAAGACCAGCGACAAGCUUAGCCGACGAGCUUUCCCAAGAGGAUAUACCGAGUCGUUGGAAGAGCGAGUGCGCUCGUUGGAAGCCGAGGUUCGAGAGUUGAAGGAUUUGUUGGAUGAGAAGGAUGAGAAGAUUGACAUGCUGUCCAAGAUGCAUUCGAACCGACGGCCAUCCAUGUCAUCCGCUCCGCCGUCCGUUGAAAGCCGGAAGGAAAUGUUAGCAACCCCGCCAAAAGAAGACAUAUUUCGUGUUCAAGCGUCGCCGUUGUUACUUGGAGUCGAAAACUCCGAUUCAUAUUUUAUGGGCGCGUCGAGUGGUAGAGCGUUCAUCGAUGCUUUCAAGCGCAGGAUUCAGGAGAGUGGCAAAUCACUCGUGGGCCUCAACACAGAUGCUUUCCUGAACAUUCAAGGAGACUCGACGCCGGUCUCUCAAAGCAGCGGUUCCAGGACUCCCAAUGCUCCUCCACGCAUGUUUUCCGAUCGAUGUGUAAAUGUCUUCUUCCAGGAAUGGGCACCCCUUUUCCCUGUUCUCCACAAACCUACAUUCCUUCGUUUGUAUGAGGAGUAUAUGACGAACCCAGAAGAUGUUACCGAUCCACACAAGUUGGCUCAACUCCACCUAGUCUUCAGCAUUGCGGGAAUUUCCAGCGAUAUCCCCGAUAAGGAGAACGUCGCACUUUGCGAAAGUCAGUGGCGCCAAUGUCUCGAGUCGAUUCUUAUGGAUAACACGCUAGCGACACUCCAAUGUCUUAUUCUUGCCCUCAUAUAUUGCAUCGCUAAAGCCGAUUAUACUCGUCUCCAACACUACAAGGGUAUCGCUGUUGGUCUUUCACAUCGACUUGGAUUACAUCAAAAUCAAAAGCGAUUUUCAUUUGGCGCUUUGACCAUCGAAACUCGCAAGAAGGUGUUUUGGACUUUAUAUACCGUUGACUGUUUCUCUGCUGCUUUGUUAGGUCUACCCAAGCUCCUCAAGGAAACAGAUAUCCAUGCAGAGUACCCAUCCGACACCGACGACGAGUACGUAACUGAAAAGGGAUUUCAACCAACACUGCCUGGCGAAUUUACCAAAAUUUCGAGUGCUUUGGCUCUCUUCCGAGUUUCUCGUAUCUUAUCAAAGGUUUUGGACCAGAACUAUCCUGCCGCUGCGACACAUGACCUCUCUCUUCAGUCUCUUCUGGCUCUUGAAGGGGAGCUGACUGAGUGGUCCGAUAAGCUACCCAGCCACUUGAAACUUACUUUCGCUCAAGACAAGCCAUCAACUGAUGUCACCGGAAGCCGUUCUGCGUUAUUGUCUCUUGCCUAUUACUACAUUCGAAGUCUGAUACAACGCCCUGCUGUUGGCUCUACUCUUGGGACCAAGUCAUCACCAUCAGUUAUAUCUCUCGCCGAAUCAAGCAAACACAUCAUCCAGAUUGUGCAACUCCUCGAGGAGAGAGGCAUGUCUUUCUCGUUCUGUGUGAACAAGAACGAGAUGCUCACCCUUUGUGGAUUAAGUCUCCUAUACCAAGGGCUGGACCUCAAGCAAACAGGGAAGCUGAUGCAAGACAGUCAGCGCCUGGUAACAGUCGUCAACAAGCUACUCGAGAAGGCCGAAGCUCCUGGUGCUGCUGAUUUCAAGAAACUCAGCUCCUCGUUGUUCAAAGUUGACACCCAAAAGAAAAGCCCAGCUGGCCGAAGUCCCAGCGUUAUGAAUGCACCGACAAGCUCCAAGUCCUCCCCCACCGCCACUAAACACCAAAUUCGCCCCCAUAUCUACCGACUUGGCAGUGCAAGCAUAAGCGAAAGUGACCUACUAUCACAGCAAGAGAAACUCAGACGAGCUACUGUACCCAACAUCAACAUCAGCAUGCGCCAAGAGUACACUCCACAUGGACGAAGCUCCUUAGACUCAAUUCGUUCCGAAUCUCCCAUGUCCAAACACGACUACCGAAACUCGGCUACUCAUGUAUCGACGACCUUGAAACCUCGCUUGCUGAAGAACGAUAGACCACCUAAUCUGGACUACCUUUCCCUCUCCAAUACUCCAGUAGCCUCGCAACCACAGUCCCCCGUUCAAUCUCGCGCACAACCACCUGCUUUGAAAGCACACACUCCGAUAUUCCCCAAUAAUAGUUACUCGACGGCAAAGUCAUCUGGCGUCUCAGUGUCAGAAUGGGAGGCUCUUCUCGGAUCACUAGACGGCGGACAAACGAACCUCUACGAUGCAAUAUAUGGUGGCCCAGCUCUCUCACUUGCCGAUACCCACUCUUCAAAUUACGGCGAUUGGUCUCCAGACUCUCAAUGGGACAUGACCUCUCUGACAAUGAACGAUUUCGGAAGUGCACCAGGUGCAGCAAGGAGCGUACUGAGUUUUAGCGAAGAAAGCCUAAGUUCUGGUGAGGAUCUAUCGACUAGUGAAUUGGGACUGGGAGGAAGGCAGGACUACGGACAUGCUAUGAUGGGAUCUGGGACUGUGGGAGAUGGAUAUCUGCUUGAGGGGUUGGAUGCUACUUUUGGAUUAUGA